AUGCACUCAUUGAUGGUGGAAUCCAAGAUGCAACUUGAUCUGAUGGAUGUCGAUGCCACUUGGCACCCUAAUGAUGACCUUGAAGAUUCUGAUGAUGACAUGUUCGAUCAUGCUAUCUCAUUCGCGCUCAUCAGGACUUAUGACAUCAUCAGUCAGUCUCGAUACACAGUUGAACGCCUUCAACUGCCGCAACGAAAGGAUCCCCUCAUCAACAUGCUUGAUCGAUAUGCUGUCAUCAACCGCAAGCUCUUUCGAGGGGCUGUUCGCAUGACCCCAGAUGCAUUCCAAGCUCUCACUUACAGACUCAGCACAACCAAUGCCUUCAGAUCAAUAUCAAGCUUUCGGCGUGUUCAGCAGCAAGUGGCAGUUGGUCUAUAUCAGCUUGGAUGGUCAGGAAAUGGUGGUGGAGUUCAUGAUGUUGCAUUUGCCUGUGGUUGCAGUUGGGGCUCAGUUCAUGUGUGGACAGAUAGGACUAUUGCAGGCCUAUACAAGCUGAACAGUGAGGUAGUAACCUUUGCAACUGAAGACGAGCGUGCUAAGGCAAAAGCAUGGGUUGCUGAUAAGAGUGGAGUCAAGGAAUGGUCUAGAGGAUGGUUGGUGGUAGAUGGUACACACAUCAAUCUUGCUUGGAAGCCAGCACUCAAUGCUUGCAAGCAUUACUCAUACAAGGGUGAUUAUACAUUCAACAUUGCCCUUGUCUUCCUCCCUCAUUCCUUGCACAUUGUCGAGUCAGUGGUUGGACAUCCUGGGUCAUCACAUGAUGUGCAAGUCUGGGCUUCAGGCAGUGGUAUUGUUGCGAAGCCUUGUUUGCAUCUUGAUGAAGGCGAGUUUGUCUGGGUUGAUGCUGGUUAUGGCUACUCCAGCUACACAGUUGGACUGUACAGCAACACUGCAGCUGCAAAGAGCAGAGAUCUCCACUACUUCAACUAUUCACUCUCCCACAUUCAUGUCAAGGCUGAACAUGGCAUUGCCUACCUCAAGAACUGCUUCCAAUGUCUUAUGGGAUUUCAAGGCAACCUGUAUCAAGAAGAGGACCAUGAGAAAGCUGCACAUACAGUCCAGGCUUGUAUCAUUGCACAUACAUUUGCAAGCCAUUAUGAUCGACCAGAUGAGGUGGCAGAAUACCUUAAGGCAUCAGAAACUCUAUCUGAAGCUGAGGUGCUGGAGACCACGUCAGGGAUGGAAGCAUAUCAGCAGGCUACCGAAGAUGCAAGGAUACAACAAAGGGAAAACCAGCAGCAAUAUGAACAGGAACAGGCUGCUGCCAUGGAGGGCAUGUCUCAGAACCAAGUCCAGAAGUUCAGGCAGGAGAAAGCACUGGAUCUUAGGGAGGAGAUGCUCACUGCACUCUUUGCUUCUCAUGGCUGCCCUUUUGAGGACACAACAGCAGAAUCUCAAAGGAUGGGAAUGACAACAUUGGCCUUUGCCGAAUGGCAGGAGAGACAAAACCGACAGCAUGAGGCUUGCAGAAGACAGCGAUCAGAACAGGUGUGA